AUGACAGGGAGUGCAAUGGCUGGACCAAACCCCGAAACUCAGUCGCAAAGGACUUUAAGAAAUAUUCCGAGCACGUCUGCGGGAUCGUUUCUGACUAUGCCUAGGCAAUCCAGAGGAAGACGUCGCUUUCGAUCCAAGUCGUUUGUUGGACGUACUGCCCAAAAGGCACUUCAAAAGAGUAAACAAAGAACGUGGAUCGUUCCACUAAUUCUUCUUACUAUUUGCAUCGGAUGGUAUAUAUUGGAUCCAACAAGAAGCCCGAUUCGAUACGGGAUAUUCUUAAGUUAUCCGAUUCCGGGCACAAGUCCCUUACAAUAUGGCAAAGGACCUUUAGAUUUAGUGUUUUGUUUGUUUUAUGCUUUGGUGUUUAGCUUUACCCGAGAGUUUAUCAUGCAAGAAAUUUUGGAACCGUUGGGCAAAUACUAUCAUAUACACAACCAAGCGAAACUUCGCCGUUUCGAGGAGCAAGCUUACACCUUUCUCUACUUUAGCGUUAUGGGUACUUGGGGCUUGCAUAUCAUGAAGCAGACCCCCAUUUGGUAUUUCAACACAAUUGCAUUUUGGGAAGAGUAUCCUCACCUUACUCACUUUGCCUCGUUUAAAGCAUUUUAUCUUAUUGAAGCUUCCUAUUGGAUUCAACAGGCUCUAGUUUUGUCUUUGCAAUUAGAAAAACCUAGAAAGGAUUUCAAAGAACUCGUUAUGCAUCACGUUCUCACGUUGCUUUUGAUUGGCUGCAGUUAUCUCUUUCAUUUUACCUGGAUUGGUUUGGCAGUGUUCAUUACCAUGGACACGUCGGACAUUCUGCUUGCCUUUACCAAGUGCCUAAAUUACCUCAACGUGUCUUUUGUGUAUGUAUCCUUUUUGGUUUUCGUAGUUUUAUGGAUUUACAUGCGCCACUAUGUGAGCUUGAAAAUUAUCUGGGCUGUUUUGACAACCAUGGGAACCGUCAAUGAAUAUAAAUUCGAUUGGUCAGAACAAUACUUUAAGUGUGAGUUUUCACAAUACGGUACUGCCUUUUUAUUAAUAUCGCUGCAACUUGUGAACCUUUACUGGUUAUUUUUAAUUCUUCGCAUCGGUUACAGAGCCUUUACCACUAAAGACACUCAUGAUGAAAGGAGCGACGACGAGGAGGAAUACAGCCCGGAGCCAGAGGGUUCCGAUGGUAAGAAGGAAAAUUAG